AUGGGUAUCAAAAAGAUGUUUAAAAAGAAGGAGCCUACCGAGGAGGAGAUUCGACAAGAGUUGAACCAAGUUGGUAUUUCAACAAAAUCCAACAAACAAAGACAAGAGAAAUUCGGAGCAUUCAAGAAUUAUGCUCAAGAAAGAGCACAAAUGAGACCACAAAUGGCUCCAACCAAUCCUUAUGCAAAUAUCAACAAUACUGGAGGACAAAAUCCUUAUGCCAAUAAUAAUGGAGGGGAAAGUAAUGGUUCACCUUAUGGAAAUAAUGGCUCAUCAGUAGGAGCAGGACACGAUGGUACUAAUCCAUAUGGAGGAAGAUCAAGUAAUAAGGUAGGUGGUAGUAGUGCUUCGACUAAUCCUUAUGAAUCCUCCACCUCUAGAUCAUCUAAUCCAUAUGGUGCCAAUACAUCAAGACAAAGUCCAUAUGCAUCAAGUCAGGCAGCUCCAAGUCCCUACUCGCGUUCAACAUCAUCUACAUCAACUGGAAAUGGCACCAGUGCUAAUUCAAGACCAUCUGCUUCACCGUAUGCUAGUUCAUCUAACACAUCAAGCAAUCCAUAUGGAGCUGGUAAAAGUUCCGAAUCACCAGAACCAACAGGUGGUCAAGGUGGUUACGGUGUUAGCCGUAUAUCUACUAGACAAUCAAAUAAUGUAAGUCGUACUACUACUAGACAAACACAAGCAUACAUGGGUGAUACAGAUUCUGCCCUUGAUCUUAAUGCAAUUCCAUCACAUCAAAUGUUUGACAACAAGAAACCAGUUGUGAGAAAUCGACAACCUGUGAAUGACUUAAACUUGGAUUUGAAUGAAGAAAUCACUGAAUGUGGUGAAGUUGAUGAUUUAAAUUUGGAUCUUAGUGAGUUACCAGAAGAAGAACAAGUCAACUCUGAAGAUGAAGAAGUUGAGGCAAUUAAACAAGACAUUAGAUUUGUUAAACAAGAAUCCGUCCAGAGUACAAGAAACACUCUUAGAAUGGCUCAAGAAGCUGAUGCAUCGGGUACAAAUACAUUAGGUAUGUUGGGAUCUCAAUCGGAACGAUUAUAUGGUGCUGAACAGAACUUGUUGUUGGCUGAAACCCAAACACAGAUUGCAGAUGAAAAAGUGAAAGAAUUAAGAAGAUUGAACCGUUCUAUUUUCAUGCCAUCUACUAAUCCAUUUAAUAAGAAAUCCAGAUUGCGUCAACAGGAAGAAAGAAUCAAGAACCAAAAGGCACAAGAGAAGUACUUGCGUGAAUCCAACCGUCAAGAAAUGUUCCAAAGUGAACAAAGAAUUAAACAAGGUUUGACUAAUAAUGCCACUGGUAGUGAUGUCUAUAAUAAAUAUCAAGAUGAGAAAUAUUUGUCUGCUGCACAACGUUACCAAUUUGAAAAUGAUAGUGAAGAUGAUGAAAUUGAAAAGGAGAUUGCCCUGAACUUGGAUCAAAUUGGAAGUUAUGCUAAAAAAUUACAUGGCAUUGCUAACACUAUGAGUACUGAAGUUGAAAGUCAAAAUGAAAGAUUGAAAAGAAUUGAGGAGAAUGCUGAUAAGUUGGAUAUCAAUGUUCAUAUGAACACUACUAGAUUGAAUAAUAUUCGUUAG